CCCAAUCGGUGUGCGGGUCUGUGAUAGUGCGAACAGGGCUGGAGGGGGAUCGCAGUCAGCGCUGCUGGGAGGCGGAGGAGGGAGAGGGGGAGGAGGAGGAAGGCUCUCCCACCGCCAGCUCCUCCAUCGCUCACACACCGGGAUCCGGGGGCCCCGCAGGCACGGCGCCAGGACUGCGAGGGCAAGAUGGCGGUCACCCUGGAUAGCGUUCGGAAAAUGGGAAUUCUUAUUUUGAGAAUGAUCAUCCGAUUUACCUUCAUGGUCGUCAACAAUAUGUUUGCUAUUCCCUCCUAUGUACUCUAUUUAAUAGCUCUGCAGCCUGUCAGACUGAUAGACAGUAAACUGUUCUGGCAUAUUGAAGGAGUCAUGUUUAAAUGGCUCCUGGCUAUGGUGGCAUCAUGGGGAUGGACUGCUGGGUACACAGUUGCUGAAUGGGGCGACGAUGUCCACACGAUCACAGAAGACGAAGCCGUCAUGCUGGUGAACCAUCAAGCGACAGGAGACGUCUGCACGUUAAUGAUGUGCUUACAGGACAAAAGCCUGGUGGUUCGGCAGAUGAUGUGGCUUAUGGACCAUAUAUUUAAAUAUACCAAUUUUGGUAUUGUGUCCCUUGUACAUGGAGACUUUUUUAUCCGACAGGGUAAAGCUUACCGGGACCAGCAGCUGAUCUUCCUCAAGGACCACCUUGAGAAGUACUACAGGAGUCGAGAUAGAAAGUGGAUAAUUUUAUUCCCAGAAGGAGGAUUUCUCAGGAAAAGAAGGGAAACAAGCCAGCUGUACGCCAAGAAGAACAACCUGCCAUUUCUUACGCAUGUCACCCUGCCAAGAUUGGGAGCUACGCAUGUUAUUCUGAAGACGUUGCUUGCGCAGCAAGAGAACGGGACGCUGAAGGGAGGGCAUUCUCAUGUAGUUGAUCUAAAGCCAAAAGGUUUGCAGUGGGUGAUCGACGUGACAAUUGCAUACCCUAAUGCACAUCCAAUGGACAUUCAGACUUGGAUUCUGGGUUACCGGCCCCCUACUGUCACUCAUGUGUACUACAGAAUUUAUCCCAUCAAAGAGGUUCCCAUGGAAACAGAAGCAUUAACAGAUUGGUUAUAUCAGCGUUUUGUUGAAAAAGAAGAUCUAUUGUCACACUUUUAUGAAACAGGUGCUUUUCCUCCCCUGCAGGGACAGAAGAAAGCCGUGUCAAGGGAAAUGACCCUAAGCAAUGUCUGGCUCUUCCUUGUACAGUCGUUCGCCUUUUUGUCAGGGUACAUGUGGUACUGCAUUCUUCGCUAUUUUUAUCAUUGCCUAUUUUAAAAAAGCUCAGUGGGACCUGAGGACUCAGACGUAGGAAAUUGCAAGCUCUAACAAAAGAGCACCAUGUUAUCUGUGUGAAUGUGAAAACACCACAGUCAACAAAAUCGCUGACUUAUAUAUAUUUUUUUUUUUUAUAUUACUUUUUUUUUUUUUGCAUUUUAAGCCCGGACUGGGGCAGUUUUAAACUGGCGUGAUAGUACGGCUCAAUGUGGAUGACCUGCUAACAUGUCUUCAGCAAGUGGGCAGAAGUCUUUCUGAAUCUGUUUAACUAAUGAAGGUGAGGCCUGAAACUGUUGACUCAUUUAACAAGGGCAGUGAAAACCUACAGAAAGAAGAAAGUUCAGCGGGUUGGCUUCCUUAAGUCGUAGCAACGAGCGUCAAGUUGCCGAUCCCUAAGCAAUUUGGGUGCAGACCCAAGGCACCGCCCAACAAUACAAGACUAUGAAAUGCAUUGCGCAUCGGCUAAAACGCCUAAGGUAGGCGUUGGGAUUAAAAAAAAAAGAUCUGGUGAGAUUACGUAGAAUAGGUGUCCGUGCUCCUGUCCUGUUCUCUCUCUGUCCAUCUUGGCAUCACAGAAUUGUGCCCAACUUGGCGAAGAUUAAAACGGUCGUUUUAUGUUUACCACAAUGCACCUGGUUUACUUGUCUUAUCCCUGUUGAGGAGGAGUGUCUAUCUACCUGUUAGAUUUCAUUUUUUUCUGUGUUAAAAUGCACCAUUUCAUAUGUGAAUUUUAUAUCAAUAAUAGUAUUUUUUUGUUUUUGUUUUUUUCAUUUUUAAUUGCACUUUUUUCCAAUGUAGUAAAAUUUCUGUGGACUGUUAAGUGCUAAUACUGCUAGAACCCACAUCUGAUGAUGUCCCUCAACUGCCCUGUCUCAUUGCGUUAGUGUCAUUCUGUUUGGCUGCGUACAUGUGACGAGCAGUGGACGAUGUUGGGGAAGUCAUUGUUUUCCUAAAUCAGGGCUUGACUCGCACCAUAUGCGUCCUUUAUUGUUUCUCUCGAUCUUUUCAAAUCGGUUGCAGGCCCUUGGCCUGUGUGUCAGCUUGAUUUUUAGCUCUGUUGAGCGCUUCUCAUUUAGGGCAUUGAAAAGUCCAAAUUCUUAGCACAAAUCGCUUGAUGUUCUUUUGUCUUCAGAAGAACAGCUGAAGGAAUACCACUAAAAGUUGCUCUGAUUAUGUAUUUCACAUUAUCAAAAUCUCCAGUGGUGGACAUACAAAAUGUGCUAAAUUAACAAAAUCGUAUCACAACAGGUUGGAACUGUGGGAUACAUCCAUAGUGCAAGGUGCCACGUCCUAGCUGAGAGAUAUAUUGGAAUGGAAAAGGAAUUGGACUUUUUAGGCACAUGUACACACAUUUUCAUAAAAACAAAUUUUUUAAAACAUUGACAAAAAUUAUUACAUGAAUGAAUGAUUAACUUGUAUAGCCCUACAAACGCGAACUAAAUCGCCUCUAUGUACAUAAAGCACAUUAUGCCUAAGAAGAGUUAAAUCCUAGCCAAAACCACUAAGACCACCAUAACCUAGUAUUGGUAGUAGACAUCUGUCUAUUGAAAGACGGUAACUUGUGUCCGUAUAGGCUCGGUGGAAGUGGAUAUGGUGUUACGUGCUUCCUCAGGAAUCCAUGCUUUAUUAGUACCACUUGCUAAAUAUAAAAGUGACCCUGCUUGUCCUGCUGUAGCAGUACCCAAUGGAAGGCUUCACCAGGAAACUCCACUGUGACUCCUGCUGUAAACAGCAAUGGGAGCACUAGCUGCCAUUGCUAUUUACAGCAGGACAAAACGGGGGCACUUAAUUUUAUAUUAAGCAAGUGGUACUAAUAAGGCUUUUAAUGAUUUCAGUGCAUAUAAAGCAAUUUCUGGUGUUUGGUUACACCUUUUAAAUAACCUUAUGAGUGGACUAUUCCUUGCUAUACCACCUGUCCUUUCUACCUUCUGCUGGUUGCCCCUUGUUCCCCCGUGAUCAACUGUUUCCACAGAUACUUUUAAGAUGAAUUCUGUAUGCAUUAUGUUUAACACUUGCCUAAAGCUCCUGAAGAAGCACUGAAGCGCGCAACAUGUAGCAAAACUUUACACCAUAUCCACUUCCAUUGAACCUAUAUGGACAUGAGUUAUUAUCUUUCAAUAGAUGCAUGUCUACUACCAGUACAGGGUUAUGGUGGUUUUGGGUAUGACUCAACUCCUCUUAAAACCAUAUGUGCUUUAUGUAAUAAUUCUUGUCAGUGUUUUUUUAAAUUUUUGUAAUAGAUUUUUAUGAAAACUUGUGUACCUGUGCCUAAAAAGUCCAAUUCCUUUUCCAUUCGGACAUACAAAAUGGCUGCCAAAUUUAAUUACUCACCUACUGGCCUCGGAGGCUGUAAGUAGGCUCCUACUUGGGCAGUAAUGAAGGGAAAUCCUGUAUUCUGUUAACAUGUUUUUGUUAAGAUUGGUUCACCACUGUAACAUUUUUCUGACCUGAAAAAAUAUAAUUUUGUUGAUACAGUGUCUGCACGUUUUUCAUUUGGUAAAAUACAUUAUAUGGCCAAAUGUCUGUGGAUACCUGAUUGUCAUGCCUAUAUGCGUUUGGACAUCCCAUUUCGCAACUAUGGGCAUCUCUCUGCAGCUAGAACAUCCUCUACCUUUCUAAGAGGGCUUUCCACAAGUUUUUUGAGUGUCUUUAAAAAUGUGUGCCCAUUCAGCCAAAAGAUCACGUGGAAGGUCAGGAUCCGGCCUAUCAUGUUGGAUAAGAACCUGCCGUUAGCAUUCCAUUUCAUCCCAAAGAUGUUAAUUAGGGUAGAGGUUUGGACUCUGUUCGAGCCACUUCUGUUCCUCCACACCAAACUUCUCAAACCAUGUCCUUAUGGAUCUUGAUUUUUGCUCUAGGGUGCAGUCAUGCUGAAAGAGAAAAGGGACUUCCCUAAACUGAUUCCACAAAGCCUACAGUUGUCUAAAAUUCCAUGGAAUGAUGUAGUUUUGACAGUGCCUUCUACUGGAAGCACUUGAACGCAAUAAUUUACAGUGGUGUUUACAUACAUUUGGCCAUAUAAUGGAUUUUGAGUAUGCUAGUCAUUGAGAUGCAGUGCUCCUCCAGAGAGGGUUGUAGUGUCCAGUUACUUGUGUAAAACCAAUACAUAAAAUGUUAAUUUACGGUUUUUGUAUGUACUUGGGAAGGGUUAGAACCUCUGCCAGGUCUUUAUAGCUGUCUUUUUAGUUUCAAAGGCAGGAAGUGAAUGGAAUCUGUCCAGUGAGGACACACAGAGAGCAAUAAAAACACCUUUAGUGGCAUAAGUGAAACUCCUCAAUAGGCAAACAGAUGGCAAUAAAAGUUUGACAGAAGUUUCAACUCUUUCACUCUGUUAAAGACUGUUGACUGGAAUUAAAAAAAUAGCGUUUCUCAUAUGGUAAUUGUGAGUAGCACUGCCAGACCAAUAAAACAGAGUUUUAUUCCAUGUUUUUAAGUCGAUACAAAAUGCCAGAGCUACCAGAUUGUAAUAUAUUUUGGCCAAGUUCAAAUAAGGUAAUAUAUUAAAGUGGUUGUAAAACCUUAUAUAUACCGAUUGAAGCGACUGGCCCCAGUU